CCACCCGGCCCCGGCCCCGGUGGCCGCGGUGGCCCCGGUGGCUCCGCCGGCGGCGGCCCCGGGAUGGUGGCGGCUCCUCCCGCCGCCGCCGCCGCCAUGCGCCGCGGGUUCCUGGUGCCCGAGAUCCGCCCGCUCGAUCAGUACGACGGGGCCCGGGCCCGCAGCGCCGCCAGCCUGGCCUGGGCCAUCGCCACCGGCUACGGCGGCGCCGCCAACGUCCCCGAGGAGCUGCGGGACCCCUUUUACACGGACCAGUACUCCCAGGAGCACCUGAAGCCGCCGGUGGAGCGCCUCCUGCUGGCCGCCGACAUCUACUGCAGGGCGUGGCGCCACGCCCUGGCCACGCCCCUCCAGGCCACGCCCCCUCAGGCCACGCCCAUUCAGGCCACGCCCCCUCAGGCCACGCCCCCUCCCCGGGAUUUGGGGGCGCUGCUGGAGGCGCUGGAGGGGAGGGGGAUCCCCCCGACACUUCAGGGGGUCCCGGUCAGGGCUGAGGAGCUGCAGCAGAGACCCAUCAGCAUGGGCGCCCACCUGGCGCUGAUCGAUUCCCUCAUGACCGCCUUCGUCACCGAGGCCACCCGAAAUUUGGGGUCCCCCCCCGGAGCCCCCCCGGGACCCCAAAAUUGGGAACCCAAAAUUUUGGCCUGGUUGGAAACGGUGAAUCGGAAGCUGCAGGAAAGCACCGAACAGGACACGGGGGGGACACCCCAAAAUUUGGGGAACCCCCAAAAUUCGGUCGGUGGUGAAACGGCGACGGCGGGAGGGAACAAGUGUCCCACCCGCUGGUACUGGAAGUUGGUGCCCCACGCCAUCGCCUUCUGUUUGAAAGAAUCGGGGAAUAAACCUCCGGUGAUUCGGUACCGGAAGGACAAAGGAGCCGCUCCGGCGCCCCCCCCAUUCCCUCCCGUGAGGGGACUGCAAGAUUUGGCCAGCGGGGGGGUCCUGGCGGCCGCCAUCCACUUCUACUGCCCCCAAUCCCUCCGCCUCGAGGAAAUCCGUCUCGGGGCGCCGCUGGCGCUGCCGGACCGGCUGCACAACCUGGGGCUGGUGCGCGAGUUCGGCGCGCGGCACCUGCGCACGCGCUGCCCGCUGGCCGUGGAGGACCUGCUCUACAUGGCGCCCGCCCUCAAGUUGAACGUGGGGGCUUUCCUGGCCGAGCUGUUCCUGUGCUUCGAGGUGCUGAGACCCCCGUUUGUCACCCCCCGGCAGCUGGGGGGGGGCUCAGAAUCUCCGGCUGCUGGUGAUGCCCCGAACCCCAAAAGCAGCUCCCCUGGCUUCAACUUCCGGCACCCCCUCUUGGCAGGGGGGGGGCAACCCCCAGGGCUCCUGCCCCACUCCCCCUCCCUCCCCCACGGCGACGGCUUCGGGAAGGGCUGGAGCAAGAGACCCCUGAGCCACCCCCUGUCCCAGGCCGUGUCCUUCAGCAUCCCCUUCGGGCUGGACAGCGACGUGGACAUCGUCAUGGGUAACCCCGUGGGGGUCCCGGCGGGGACCCUCGCCCGCUCCGCCAGCUCCGACAGCCUCGCCCCCCGCCCCCGCCACUGCCACCCGCCCAGUGCCACCCCUGCCACCCCCCCAGCUGUCCCCAACGGUGUCCCCGAGCCCCCCGAGCCCCCCAGCAUCGAGGAGGCUCUGCAGAUCAUCCACAGCUCCGAGCGCCUCCUCCCCGACGGAGCCCCCGACGCUUUUUUCCUCCACUCCCCGGAGCCUCCCCCUCCUCAAAACCCCCAAAAUCUUCUUGGGACCCCUCCAAACUUUUCCUCCGCCCCCCAAAAUCUUCUUGGGACCCCUCCAAAUCCUCUUGGGACCCCCCAAAACCCUCCCCAAAAUCCAUCCCGCCCCAUGACCAGCUUCGCCGAGCGCAAGAAGAAACUGGAAGAAGCCACUGGUGCCGCCCCAUCGAAUCCCCCCGGGGGUCUCGGCGUCAAUUUGGGGGGGGUCCCCACCACUCCCGGGGGUCCCCCAGAAUCGGGGGGGGGUCUCAGCGCCGAGAUGUCGCAGCUGGGAGCGCGUCUGGAGGAGAAGCGCCGCGCCAUCGAGGCGCAGAAGAAACGCAUCGAGGCCAUUUUCGCCAAGCACCGCCAGCGCUUGGGCCAGAACGCUUUGCAGCGCCUCCGCCACGACGAGGAGGGGUCUCCCCCCGCCCUUCCCGAGGAGGAAUUGAGUCUGGGGGCUCCCCAAAAACCACCUCCAGCCCCUCCGGGGCAAUACGAAGCGGCGGUGGCCAGGCUGAGCGCGGCGCUGAGCUCGUUGCAGCUGGACAUGCAACGCUUGACGCAGCAGCAGGAGCGGCUGCUGCUGGAGCAGAGACCCCACGGAGCCCCCCAAGCUUGGGUGAUCCCCCUCCCCAAAUCCACCAAAACCCCCUCGGCGACCCCAAAAAACACCCCGGGAUCGCCGGCGCCCGCCAGGAGAGGAGGAGGAGGAAGCAGCAGCGGCAACAAUGCAGGAAAUGCGACGGGAGGAGGAGGAGGAGGAGGAGGAGGAGGAAGCACGGGUCCUGUCGCCACAGGGGGGUCUCGGAAGCCCCCUCCCCGCAGCCCCAGGAGACCCCGGCCCGCCGAGCUGCGGCUGCCGCCCCUGACGCGGGUGCUGACCCCUCCCCACGACGUGGACACGCUGCCCCACCUGCGGCGCUUCUCGCCCAGCCAGGUGCCCGUGCAGACCCGCAGCUCGCUGCGCUUUGCCGACGGGCAGGAGGAGCAUGAGGAGGUGGAGAUUUGGGUCAGAUUCGGGUCAGAUUCGGGUCAGAUGCAGACCCGCAGCUCGCUGCGCUUCGCCAACGGGCAGGAGGAGCAUGAGGAGACCCGCAGCUCGCUGCGCUUUGCCGACGGGCAGGAGGAGCAGAGCCGGGAGGAGGAGAUGCAGACCCACAGCUCGCUGCGCUUCGCCGAUGGGCAGGAGGAGCAUGAGGAGGUGGAGAUGCAGACCCACAGCUCGCUGCGCUUCGCCGACGGCCAGGAGGAGCAUGAGGAGGUGGAGUGCCACCCCGUGUCCCCUCCCCACAGGACCCCCCUCCGCCCCCCGAGUCGCCGCCGGUGCCCGGCCGGGGGGGGGCUGCGCGCCCGCGCCUGCGGCGAUGGCACCAGCGACGCGUCCCUGUCCCCCGGCGAGGGUGGCACGGGUGGCACGGGUGGCACACGGAGCGGGCACCACCCCGAGGAGGAGGAGGAGGAGGAGGAGGAGGAGGAGGAGGAAGGAGAAGGGGAUUCGCUGGAGGGGUCCCCAAGUGAAGCGGGAAAUGGGGGAGCCCGACCCAGUGUGGGGUUCUUCUGUCAGCUCGAUGACACCGACCCCUCCCCCCCCCGCCGCGCCCCUCCCCCACUGCGGCAGCGCCGCCUGUGGGGGGCGGGGCAGGAGCAGCCCCCGGAGCGCCCCCCCUCGGAGCCCCCCCAGCCGCCCCCCGGCCCGGAGAAGGAAUUUGGGGAGGGGUCUCGGCGGGGGGAGUUCACGCGCUUGGAGUACGAGCGGCGGCAGCAGCUGAAGCUGAUGGAGGAGCUGGAGAAGGUCCUGAGACCCCCCCGCGGGACCCCCGCCCCAAAAUCGGGGGGGGGCAACACUCGGGGACCCCCCCCCCGCGACCCCCAAAUUAGGGGAGGGGGCUCGGGGAGACCCCGGCCCCGCUGCUGCGACGACUCCGCCCUGGGGAGGAGCCCCCCCAAGGGGCUGCUGGGCUCGCGCCUCUCCAAGGUCUAUUCCCAGAGUUCGCUCUCCCUGUCCAGCGUGGCCGAACCGGGCGGGGGGCGCAGCCACAGCCGGGCCGGGUCCCCCAACAGAGCGCCCCCCCCUGGCCGGGAGUGGGAGCACGACCCCAACCCCCCCUCGCCGGGGCCGGAGUACACGGGUCCGAGGCUGUACAAGGAGCCCACGGCUCGAUCCAACCGGCCGCUGAUCCAGAACGCGCUGGCGCACUGCGUGCUGGCCGGGACCCCCAACGCCCCCCUGAGGGCCAAGGUGCUGCAGGAGAUGGAGCAGAGCUCAGCGCAGCAGCUGCUGAUCCUGUUCCGGGACGGGGGCUGCCAAUUUCGGGGCGUUUACGCUUUGGGGGGGAUCCCCCCGACCCUAAAACGCCCCGAAAUUCCCCCCAAAAGUCCCAUAAAUCCCCUAAAAAAACCCCCCAAAACUCUGUUUUUUCCCUUUCAGGAGAUGGAGCAGAGCUCAGCGCAGCAGCUGCUGAUCCUGUUCCGGGACGGGGGCUGCCAAUUUCGGGGCGUUUACGCUUUGGGGGGGAUCCCCCCGACCCUAAAACGCCUUUCGGGGUCGGGGCCCCGCAGCGUCCCCCUGCCCAUGGUCGAGGCGCUCUACAAGUACCAGUCGGACCAGCGGCGCUUCUGCCGCCUCCCGGCGCGCACCAUGAGCGGCAGCGUGGACGCCUUCACCAUCCCCGGCCACCUCUGGCACCCCAAAAAACCGGGAACCCCAAAAUAAAAUCCUAAAAACCCCAAAAACGGGGCUGACCCCAAAAAACAUCCCGUUUGUGCACUUUGUGUCAUAUUAAUGGAGAUACUUGGGAUGUUUGGGGAUGUUUGGGAACAUUUGGGGACAUUUGGGGACAUUAUGGGGACGCCUUCACCAUCCCCGGCCACCUCUGGCACCCCAAAAAACCGGGAACCCCAAAAUAAAAACCCCAAAAACCCCAAAAACGGGGCUGACCCCAAAAA